AUGCCCGCCACAGGCGCGCUGGUCGCGCUGCGCAGGCGAAAUGAGAAACUUGGCCAAUCUGCAUGCGGCGUCGAGGCGAGCGCAGGGGGACAAGUAAUAUCCGCCGUCGUUUCCGCUGCUCGAAUUCCGUCCGAGCCUGGCAAGCCUGGCUUCAGUGCAGGCACAAGCAGGGCAUGUGGCUGUUGGGACAUGAGGAAACAAUCUGGUUCGGUUCGAAUCGGAUGGCAACGCAGGGCGGGUGAUGCAAACGCCGAGCAAGGCAAACGCCGUGCCCGCAACGUCCAUACGCGGCACCGACAUCACUAUCAAGGAUUCGAUGCUGCAUAUUCGUGA